AUGCCCAGCGGCGCCUGGGUCGCCAGGUCCCAGCUGGAGGACCACUUCAGCGCUCCAAAGGGCGCUCCCACGGUGUUCGCCUUCUGGAACAAGGCGGAGGUACAGCUCACCCUGCGGGCGCUCCGCAGUCCAGGCGCCGGCGCCGCCUUCAAGGAGGGCCGAUCUUUCUUCAUCUCCGUGUGGUCCCCCGACGUGGAGGUGCCGAGUGCCCAGACCACCACAUUGGUGCAGCCGCAGGGCUGGCUCCCCUCAUUGGAAGGCAUGGGCCAAGGUGCCGAGGAGGAGGUACCCAAGGACCUCGGACCAUGGCUGCCGCUCAGCCCAAGCGACGUGGUCGCCAACAACCUGGGGGGCUCCGGCCCGGAGCGUUCCGCGCCAGAGCUGCGCUACGCCAACGCCGCCAGCCUCUGGGGCCACACGGUGGAUGUGGUGCUGAGAGCGCGAAGUGCCUACCAGCCGGCGUCGGUGCAGCUGAACGGGCGUCAGGUUGGCGCUGUGGCGGUGAACGUGGCCUUAGGCACGGCGGUGCAGCUGGAGCUGCGCGUGGAGUCGAAGGGCGGAUCCGCCGCGGAUUUGGCCUGGCUCUUUCUCCUGGUCUACGAUGUGGAGGAUCCUUUCUAUGGCCUGUCGUCGGCGGGGGAGGUGCUGGUUUCCGGCGUGCAGGCGGUGCGCUUUCCAGGGCACCACUGGCGAGACCUGGGGCCGGCGGAGGCCUUCCGCCCGCCGGCCGGGGCCUCGCCCUUGCUGGCGCUGCGGGGCGGCAGCGUGAACCUCACGCUGCGGGCCCUCGCGGGCCAAGGCAACAGCAUCGGCAGCCAGGGCCGGAGCUUCUUCCUGGCGCUGCGCGCCCCGCAGCUCCUCCCGGACGGCCGAGCGGAGCGGCGGAGCUCCACGCAGGCGCCUCAUGUAGCGCGCUUGCCAGGGCUCAUGCGAGGCGCGGUGACCACCACCGCUCCGGAGGCGCAGUGGGUGCGCCAGCCGCUGGUGCAGGGCUACCUGGGCCCAAAUUUCGCGCUGGAGCCCUCGAAGGUGGUGAUCAACAACCUCGGCGGCAUGGGGCCCAGCCGCGGCCCCCCGGAGCUGCGCUGGCUCGGCGCCGCGGUGCACCGCUCGGAGCCGCUGGACGUGGUGCUGACGGCCAGCUCCAGCUACCACCCCGCGGACGCCCAGCUCAACGGGCGCCAGGGGCCCUUCCCCGGCGCCGCGGUGAGCGUGGCUGCGGGGACUACGGUGCGCCUCCACUUGGCCUUCAACUCCGACAACUGGGGCAUCGAGGAGACACGGGCAGCUCGCUGGUGGCGCUGCCGCGGCUGUACCUGCAGAUCUUCGAGGAGGCGCCGAACGGCGGCGAGGCGCUGGUGGAGGGCGCCGAGGGCCUCGCCCUUCGGAACGGCACCUGGCUGCCAUCCCAGGGCAAGGCGCUGCGGGUCACAGCGGGUGCCGAAGGCCCCACGGCGGCCUUCAGCAGCUGCAGCGCGGUGGACCUCACCUUGUCGGCGCGAGGCUCCUCCAGCCGCACCUUCUUCAUCGCCCUCCGCUCCCCUGACGUGA